AUGAAGACCCUGUCCGCGGAGAUCACGGAGCUCCACGUGCAGAUCAAGAGGGCCGGCGAGGACAGGGAAGCUGAGAACAAGGACUUCCAGACUACCAUCGUCGACCAGCAGGAGACGCAGAAGCUCCUGCAGAAAGCCCUGCAGAUCCUGAAGGCGGUCUACAAGCCCACGGUGGCGGCGGGCGGGGCGGCGGCGCUGGCCCAGCAGGCGCCCGGAGGCGGCGAGGAUCAGCCGGCGCCGCCCCCGGGCUUCCGCGAGUACGGCCAGAACAGAGCCGGCGGGGGCGUCGUGGCCAUGAUCGAGCAGAUCAUCAGCGAUGCGCACCACAUGGAGGAAAUGGCGACGAAGGAUGAGCAGACCGCGCAGCAGCAGUACGAGACCUUCGUCAAGGACACGAACACGGCCGUCCAGGACAAGCAGCAGAGCCUCGUGAACAAGGGCGAGGUCCACGCGAAGGCGAAGGGGAAGCUCAUCGAGGUCGAGGGCGCCAUCAGGGAACAUCGAGUGCACGAUGGCCAGCGCGUCGAAAUACUUCCCCUCAUGUCCAACACUCUGGCCGGGGCGGAAGAUCCAUCGGAACUCCAGCCAGUCAUGGGGGGAUGCCUGGAGACCAGGUCGCCCACGGGCCAUCUCCCGUCGGCCCAGCGCCGCGAGCCGUCGUUGGCGAUCGCGACCAUCCUCGCGGGGGCGAGCCCUCGGGGGCCCUUCGACUGGCUGGCCCUCAAGGCGGGGGGGGCGCCAGCGUCGGAGGUGGAGGCCUCGGCGGGCCGCGUCGCUCUCGGCGCGGGCGCGCCCAUCGCGACCGCGCGCGACGACGUCGCUGUCAACUCGGGGGUCGAGUUUGACGGGCGCGCGGCGCGAGGCGUCGCGAGCGGGUGA